AUACAUCAUAUUCACUCUCCCGGCAGAGUCAGUUAGACACAUAGAUGACCCUGGUGAAGUCAUAAAAUACUGGGACUCGGUUGUAGAAGCUCACCAUGAACUACGCACAACCAAUCCUGGGGAACAACGGAGAGAGCGAGUCGUAUGUGAUAUUCAACCUAGUGCUGGGUACAUGCAUGCUGGAUACCCCAUAGUUACCAUGUUGGAUGUCGGUGAGCCUAAAAGUGACAAAUUCUUGUUCAACCUCCCCCAGCUGGUCACCAAUGGGUCCUGGGGAUUAUUCCAUGAGCUGGGUCAUAACAUGCAGAGGAAAGCAUGGACUUUUGAAGGCACAGGAGAGGUGACAUGCAACAUAUUCACAGUACACGCCAUGGAUAAACUAUGUGGUAUAAAACCUAUAGACAGCGAUGCAAUCAUAGCACACAACAGGAAACAGAAAAUCAAAGCAUAUAUUGAGAAUGGCCCCGACUUUGCUGAAUGGAAAAAACAACCAUUCGUUGCCUUAGGUAUUUACAUACAACUGGCCCAUCAUUUUGGUUGGGGUCCCUAUAGACGGGUGUUUGCAGUUUAUGAGGCAAUGUCUAACUCAGAGCUACCAAACACAACAGAGAGCAAGCUAGACAGAUGGUACGUGGAGUUCAGUAAAGCUGUUGGUUUGGACCUCAGAGUUUUGUUUGAGUUCUGGGGGUUACCACUGAGUAAUAUGACGUGGGAGUGUAUAAAAGGAAAUCCCAUGUGGUUCCCAGAUGAUGUACUAACAAAGUUGGUUCCAACAAGGGUGGAGAGUUUAAUGGAGAAAUACCCAAACUGUAGUCAAGGAGAUGUCUG